AUGUCCGAUUCAUCAAACUGGAGAGUUCGCGCUUCAGCAAACACAAGCUCUGAAUCCAGACCAACAAACUGGUCCAACCAAGCACCCAGAGAUGAUCACCGUCAAAGACAACCCAUCGUGUCUCUCGCCGAACGAAGCCGGGCCGAGGACGUGAAAGUCCACAGACCAGAACGACAAAAUGAAGAGUCGCCUGAAACUCUCCAGGCUAUUGCAGAAGGUCGUCGUGUUUAUUUGGGGAAUUUGCUUUAUACCACUACACCAGAUGUUAUUAAUGAGUUUCUUACCAGGAACGGUAUAGCUUCUGUUAAUAAUGUUCAUAUAUCUAUUGAUCCUUUCACGGGCCGUUGUCCAGGAUAUUGUUUUAUUGAGUUUGCGGAGAAGGAGGUCGCAGAUAAGGCUAUGCAAACUCUGGAGGGCCUUACAAUAUCUGGUCGUCUGGUUAAAUGUCGUCCUUGUCGACCUAAGGGGAAUGUUAGACGUGGUGGUCCGGAUCAAGAGACUGGUAGCGAGAAUACCAAUUCUAGCUAUAAUCGCUGGGGUAAUUGGGAUUCCAGGGCUAGAGACACGCAAUAUGAUAGACUUGCGGGACAGAGCGGACCAAGUGAUGCGUUGAGACAUUUCCAGGUUUCAAAGGCGAAAGGAGAAGGUAGACAGUUGUAUGUGGGUGGGUUGCCUAGAAUGCUGGAUCAGACGGAGAAUGAAUUGGAGAUUCGAUCAAUCUUCGAGGGUUUCAAAAUCCCUGAGGAGGCUGAAGAGGCUAUGCGAGCUAUCGAUGGUACAUCCUACAGAGAUGCCCCAUUGAAGGUCUCGAUUUCGAUUGUGAAGUCCCAAAGAGAUAGAAAUAGCGAUAGUGGAAUGGGAAUGGAGAGGAACUCGCGAUGGGAAUAG